AUGAAGUCUAUUCGGUCAACACAAAUAGCGAGGCUCGACGGCCUCAUGCUGUGCGCCUCGGUCGAUGACGAACACCAAGAAGGCGACGUCGUCGAGAUCAAGAACCAGAUCCGCGCCGUCCUCCGCAAGGUCACCCGCAAAUCCGAACCCCGCGCCAGCCUCGAGCUCGGCCAGGCAACCCUCAACUACCUCAUCGAAAACGACAUCAUCUUCCUCACAAUCACAGACAGGCAGUACCCGCGCAACCUGACCUUCACCUACCUCUCCGACCUGGCGACCGAGUUUCAAAAGACGUACCCGCCGGCGCAGCUGCAGUCGCCGACGCUGCGGCCCUACGCCUUUAUGGAGUUUGACACGUUCAUCACCCGCACAAAGGCCACCUACUCGGACGCCCGCGCCGCCAACAACCUCGACAAGCUCAACGACGAGCUGCGCGACGUCACAAAGGUCAUGACCAAGAACAUUGAGGACCUGCUGUACCGCGGCGACUCGCUCGAGCGCAUGGGCGAGCUGUCGUCGCGCCUGCGCGACGACAGCAAAAAGUACAAGCGCGCCGCCGUGCGCAUCAACUGGGAGCUGCUGCUCAAGCAGUACGGGCCCAUUGGCGGCCUCGGCCUGUUCAUCAUCUUCUUCCUCUGGUGGCGCUUUUUCUGA